ACUUCGGAGGAGUUCGCCCCAAUCGCGAUUGAAUUGCAAAGUGUUUGUUUAUGGAGCGGAAUGCGCAAUACUCGCAGUUAUCAAGCGGUGGUGGUGACCUAACGAACUUCGCUUAUCAGCGUCCACGCUUGGGGAAAUCCUAGCUGUAGGUACUUGGAAUAAGUCGAUCAGUUGUACUCGAUCGCGUAACGAUGAAGGACGUUGUUCUAGUUUUCGCGCUGGUUUUGGCGGUAGUCAGCUGUUCGAAAUAUGAAGCACUAGUAGUGCGUCGGGAUCCACCAACGUAUUGUGGAAUACGGAAGAUUACGAAGCAAGCUCUGAUUGUGAAAGGAACGGAGACGGUUCCAGGAGAGUGGCCCUGGCAUGUAGCGGUUUACCACGUCAGCGAUGGAGGUCGAACUAGGAAGUACACGUGUGGAGGCACGUUGAUUCAAAGAAAUAUCGUUCUGACAACGGCUUCUUGUGCAAGAUACGGUGUUGACAAACCUGAAGGCGCGAUAUUGGUUGAGCUAGGUCAGCACAACUUGCAGGAAUCCUUCGCUCAGACACGGCAGAUCCCGAUCAGUCAAGCAGUUGUCCACGACAGCUAUGAGGAGGGAGAAAACAAAUUCGAUAUUGGUAUUCUGAAGCUGAAGACUCUAGCGAACUAUUCGGACUACAUUCAACCGGCAUGUAUGCCGACGUCUGUUCAGAAGAUAGAGACGUUCGAAGACAGCUUAGGAACAAUCGUCGGCUGGGGAUUCUACGAAGCCGGAAAACUCUCGGACACAUUGCAAAGCGCUCAAGUUCCGGUCAUUCCCAUUCUCACGUGCCUCCAGAGUAAUAGGGAUUUCUUCAGUCGGAACAUUAACCAUGGAAUGUACUGCGCCGGACUACAAAACGGAACGGCUCCUUGCUUUGGCGACGCUGGUGGCGGUAUGUUCUUCCGCAGCGGCCAGAGCUGGUUUCUGCGUGGGAUCAUCUCGUUCACCAGCCGGGUUUAUACGGAAACGGCCGGCUGCAAUACCAGUGACUACUUCGGCUUGGUGAACGUGGAACACUUUUUACCCUGGAUCAAACAGACGAUCGUGAGCCUGGGCAGCGGCCGCCGACGGACAACGAAAUAAUGAUCGAUCGAUCGAUCGUGUGUUUUGAGGGCUUCGAGUCGUCGACGUCGUUUUCUCGUGCUCACCACCAACUGCGCUGCGCGAUCAUCGGAUAAGAUCGCAUUGCGAGAGAGAGAGCCUUUUGUUCUCUCUUUGCACUCAUUUCUUACUCUAAUAACAACAAUAUUUUGAUUACAAUCCAUUUUGGAAGCAAAAGCCAA